UAUGAAAGUCUGUGCUUGUCAAUUUCGGUGAACAUUGCGAAAUUGAAAAGCAGAAAAUUAUUUUGAAUUGUUAAUUGAUGAUGUGGAACGUUUGUGACGGUAUUGUUAAAGCAUAUGGAAAUCUGCAUAUUUUAAAAGAAUGUAGACUAGCAUGAUUUAACAUGUCAUAUUUCAGGCUGUGCAACUGUUAGAUAAUUGCACGUGAUGAAUUUGUCAGCUGUGCGAUGAAUGGGGCACUAUUUUGGUGAAAUAGGUGCGAAUGACACGUUAUGAAUGAUUCUGUGUUUAUUGAAAUUACAGCAUGGAUCGUUUUGAAUAUGCAGAAGCCCGUCUGAGUUCCGGUGAAAGUUUCCUUAUUCGCGAGAAAGGCGUGAACCUGUAUGACGGAAACGAAAAGGUUGGUUUUCCAGCAAAAGUUCUUGUAAAUACCUCAUUUGAAGGUGGAGAAGUUGUCUUGACGUCCCAUCGCUUAUUGUGGGCUCGACCAGGUGAUAUUCCCAGAGGGCUAACAUGUCUCUCCUUACCUCUUCGUUAUGUUGUGUUUGUGGAAGAAGAAACGGGAAGCACUUCGUUUGGUUUCAGCCGAAGCAAGAAAAUUGUACUUCACCUUUCUCAGGCAUUGCCAGGCAAAAUUCCUGGGCCUGUAAACAGGAGCAGCCACCAUUACAUGAAGCUUUCUUUUAAGGAGGGUCUGAACAGUAAUUUUGUGCAGAUAAUUAAUGAGACAAUUCAGAGCAAGAAGUGGGAAAACUUCUCACCUGCUGCAACUCCAUCUCAGGCAUCAGAUGUCAAAUUACGAGCUGGUAUUGUUGGCAUUGAAAGAGGUAUUCAGGAGAAACAGAAAGCAGCAGAUGAAAGUAUCUCAAGAGCUUUUCAGGAUCUUAGUAAACUUAUGGGUAUGGCCAAAGAUAUGGUCAACCUUUCCAAGAAUAUCUCUCAGAAGAUUAGAGAAAGGCAAGGUGACAUAACAGAGGAUGAGACUGUGAGAUUCAAGUCAUAUUUGUUGAGCCUUGGAAUUGAUGAUCCAGUAACAAGGACUGAUUUUCGCAGUGAGAACAAGUACUACAUAGAACUUGCAAGACAACUGGCUGAUAUAUUAGAAGAGCCAAUCACGGAUGUUGGAGGCAUGAUGGCGUUAACUGACGUUUAUUGCCGAGUGAAUCGUGCUCGAGGAUUGGAACUAUUGUCACCUGAAGACCUUAUUCAGGCCUGUCACAUGCUGGAGAAAUUGAAUCUUCCCCUUAGACUGCGGCAGUUUGAUAGUGGAGUCAAAGUCUUGCAGCUUCACAGUCACAGUGAUGUGAAUGUUGUAAAGAAUACAGCUCUUGCGUUGGAAGAUCAAGGCUCCCUCACUGCAGAAGAAUUGGCCCAAAUGCUCGGUAUUUCUGUUUUAUUAGCGAAGGAGCGUUUAAUGACGACAGAGAAAUAUGGGAAAGCUUGUAGGGAUGAAAGUAUCGAAGGCCUUAGAUUCUAUCCCAAUCAGUUUCUUCAGAGAGAAGACUAAUAUUUUACACAUGUUGGCACAUUUGUAAAUAAUUCAUACAUUAUACACAGGUUCUUUAAAAAAGACACUCCAGUUUUAAUAUUGUCUGUUUCAUGGGUUUUGGUGCAAAAAAUAAACUUUUGACAGAACUUCAUUGCACACACAAAGAAAGGAGGUAAAAGUACUACACAGGUGUCAAGUUGCGUAGAUUUCCAUGCUUACUGCCACCAUUGACUAAAGUAGUUUGGCACAUAAUUUAAACUAUUGUUUACGCUGUAAACACUGCUGAAUUGAAAUAUGUGGCAAGUAGCAGUGUUUGUGAUGCCACUGUUCACACCAUUAAUGGAAUGUGUGUCUCUAUUGGAUUUCGACAAUGAGCCGGGAUAGCUCAGUCAGUAUAGUGACUAGCUACGGGCUGGACGACCGGGGUUCGAUCCCCGACGGGAGCAGAGGAUUUUUCCUCUAGCCUCUGCGUCCAGACCGGCUCUGGGGCCCACC